GUCGUGGCAGGCUGCUCUCAUGGUCGGUCCACCUCAGACAUGGCAGCUACGACACCAUUCAAGCGCGACUUCCCAUUCCUCCACCGGGCAUGGAAGACCGCCGUCGGCCAUCUGUCGCCGUAUGCUCCGGAGGGCAUCUUCACAACAAACGGUGAACAUGGCGUCACCGGCAAUGGCGACGACGCCGGGCAUCGGCCAGCAAAGCGGCGCCGCCUCUCGCAGAGCUCGGCAGACCGAGGUCUCGGUGACUUGGUUGGCAAAAUUCUGCCAGAUGAGCCCUGCCACUUUGAGAAGGCUUUGCGUAUUGAGGUGCUUAAAAUCACUCAAAGGGGCGGGCCGGUCCUCACUCCGGACUCAUCCACCAAGGACGCCAGCGCUGGAUCUCCAGUCAAGAAGGACAAGGUGACCACUUCUGUUAGAUGUCGCUGCAAGUUGAUCAUCUGUCGCGCGCCACGUCCAGAAGAGCUUCGGAUCCUCUACUGUGACAGCCAAAUCUGCAACGUCAAGGUGCCGUCAGAUGCUGACGGGGGUCGCCGGAUGGCUCGGAUCUACCUCACCAAGCCUUUCCAUAUUCCCGCGGAGAAGAUCUAUGUUCUUCGAGAGGACGACGAUCUCUUCACCUUGGAAGACUCUUACUUUAUCUCUGUCGAGUUGGAGUCAGCUGGCGACCCGAACUGGCCUCCGCAAGCUCUCCUUGCCAAGGAGCAGCGAGAUGACGCAAAGGACGCAGGAAAGCGCUGGGUUCUAUCGGCCCAGACAACAUACCAAUUUGACAAGCACCGGACAACAGCGCCCGUGAAGCUCAGGAGAAAGGUCGGCUUCGAGGCCGAUGCUGGUUUGGAUUUGGACAUCGAUCUGAGAUGGCCAACCAACCAUGCAGGCGCGCCUCUGCGCGCAAGGCCAGUCGAAUCGCCUUCAGAGGUGAAGGCGGCAGCAAGCGGUGCUCUAGAAACGCUCACGAGUGGCCAACUCAACCAGAGCGCUGAGACUGAGAACAUCAUACGUGCAGGGGAUGGUCACGAACCACCACCGGAUGAAGAUUUUGACGAGACUGGAGAAGCAGUCACGCCAACACGAGCUCUUAGACAGAAGAAGAAGCAGAUUUACAACCUCAAAGCCUUGAGCGACAAAGCCCGCGGGAAGGGCCUGAAGGAACGGAAACAGCAAGUCAAGGCCACAGAGAGUGGCCUCGAGGCGGGACGCGUGACCUGGGUGCUUCCACAACUCGGUCAAGUCACGACGGCUGACUUCGGUUGCAUUCGAUGUUAUGCCACGCAUCCAUCUCAGGCAUUGCUUCUGCAGCACACAGAGGAUCAUCCGGAAUUCAAGUUCAGGCUCGACUUGAGUGGGAAGCACGGCAUGAGGAUCUUGAUAUCACAACAUGGCCAACCCACACCAGAGCCAGAAGAUGCGGAAAGUGAGCCGGCACGGGAGAUGACUCCGCGGAAACAGCCCAAGCCUCGUGUAUCGCAUCAGAAGCAGCAGCGCUUGCUUCCUGUGAAGCCAAAGGACCCGAGGCAGCUGAUCCCGGACAACAAGCAGCCGCUCUACAACCGCGUGACGAAGGCAACGCUCGCACCUGGGGCCUUGAUAGAACCACCACCCGUGGACGACUCCUGGCUGAUGCAAAAACACCGGGAUGUUAUUCUUGACUACAGCGACGUGCAUGCAGAGGAGAAGGAGUACAUCUGCGAGUGGGAUGCGUUUGUCCUGAAGCAGCGUAUAACAUCCGAGCCUCACCUUCAGAAUGUCUACCUCAGCUUCAUCGAGGAGAAGGCGUCCUGGCUCACUUCACGGCAAAGUCGCAUGAUAGAGUUCGCCAAGCAUCUCACUUAUCUGAAGGCCCGAAACUCACUGACACAGGAGACGAUCAUUAAAGCAUUUGCAAUGUUGCGAGACGCAAAGGCGGACGCGGAGGAGGUUUCAUCUGAGGAGCCAAAACCGGCGUCACCAAGGGUUGAAGGCAGGAGGUCUGCGUCAGGUUGUGGCGUGUGUGGUCAGCCAGUCCGUGGUCCUUCGACGCUGAUAUGUGAUAAUGAGGAUUGCGAUCGACCCUUUUACCACGAGGACUGUAUCCGCUCGGAGGCGAAAAUGCCUGUAAGCAGUCGCCGAUGGCGGUGUAAUGGAUGCCACGAGGACGCAAUGGUGGUCGAUUGAGAGUGCGCACCAAACGCCACAUUUCAUCUACUAUGGGGCAGGACAAGGCCAGCGAGGGCGACGAAUAUGAUGCUAGAUACACCACCCACAGGAGGGCUGGCUACGCAUCAACGAGAUCAAGGCCGUGGAAGCUAACAUCCUGGCACGCCUACGG